GGCGCCGCGAGGCGUGGUCUGCCACGUAGAGGCCCCGUGGGAGCCGGGAAGGAGCCUGCGCGAAAGCACGCAGAGGCGCGGGGCGCUGGCGCGACUUCCCGGCCAUGGCGGAGAAGCGGGACCAAGACGAAGACCGUGGUCCCAAACCGUCGGUGCUGUUCCUGCACCCGGACCUGGGCGUGGGUGGCGCGGAACGGCUAGUAUUGGACGCGGCGCUGGCGCUGCAGGCGCGCGGAUGUAGCGUGAAGAUCUGGACCGCGCACUACGAUCCCGGCCACUGUUUCGCGGACAGCCGCGAGCUGCAGGUGCACUGCGCCGGGGACUGGCUCCCGCGCAGCCUGGGCUGGGGCGGCCGCGGCGCUGCUGUCUGCGCUUACGUGCGCAUGAUCUUCCUGGCGCUGUACGUGCUGUUCCUCGGCGACGAGGAGUUCGACGUGGUCAUGUGCGACCAGGUGUCUGCCUGCAUCCCAGUGCUCAAGCUGGCCAGACGGCGUAAGAAGAUCCUGUUUUAUUGUCACUUCCCAGAUCUGCUGCUCACCAGGAGAGAUUCAUUGCUGAAACGCUUAUACAGGGCCCCGAUUGACUGGAUAGAGGAGUACACCACAGGCAUGGCCGACUGCAUCUUGGUCAACAGUCGCUUUACAGCUGCCAUUUUCAAGGAAACAUUCAAGUCCCUGUCUCACGUAGACCCUGACGUUCUCUACCCGUCUCUGAAUGUCACCAGCUUUGACUCAGCUCUUUCUGAAAAGCUUGGUGAUCUCGUCCCCAAGGGGAAGAAAUUCCUGUUCCUCUCCAUCAACAGGUACGAAAGGAAGAAAAAUCUGACCUUGGCGCUGGAAGCCCUGGUCAAACUGCGUGGAAGACUGACGUCCCAAGAUUGGGACCAGGUUCACCUCAUCGUGGCGGGUGGUUACGACGGAAGAGUCCUGGAGAACGUGGAGCACUACCAGGAGUUGAAGACAACAGUCCAGCAGUCCGACCUGACGCAGUAUGUGACCUUCCUGCGGUCUUUCUCAGACCAACAGAAAAUCUCACUCCUCCGCGCCUGUACCUGUGUGCUUUACACACCAAGCAACGAACACUUCGGCAUCGUCCCUUUGGAGGCCAUGUACAUGCAGUGCCCAGUCAUUGCUGUUAACUCGGGUGGGCCCUUGGAGUCUGUCGUCCACGGGGUCACAGGGUUUCUGUGUGAGCCUGACCCCAUGCACUUCUCAGAAGCAAUGGAAAAAUUCAUCCAUGAACCUUCCUUAAAAGCCACGAUGGGACUGGCCGGGAGAGCCAGGGUGAAGGAAAAGUUUUCCUCUGAAGCUUUUACAGAACAUCUCUACCAGUGUGUCACCCGACUGCUGGUAUAAUCAGACUUUUUGAAAGGCCUUUAUGCUGUAUUCAUUCAUACCGCUUUUUGUAGCUUGUAGACUCUCGAAACUGAGAAAGAAACCUAGAAUCUAUUGCAGAUGAGAUUAAAAGAAAAAUAUACUUGAAUCUUAAAUCUGAGCCACUUUCCUCUACACCACACCUUCCCAUCUACUUUCUCAGAGAAACAAAGUAUGUUUUAUGCUAUGAUUAUUCCACCUCUUAACAGUAUUGAUUAAGGUAUAAAAAUGAUACAAUUCCACAUUCAACAGAAUAUUUUAGUUAUAUUUUCUCUGGAUCAUUGUUGCUCUGCCUAUAAAUUUGGAGUCCUAGUGUGCCUUACUUGGUUGUGAUAGUCGAAGUUUAUCAUCAUUAAAAUCAGUUAAUUUGAGUUUGUAAUGAAAACAGGGUCAGUGUAGUUCCCCAAAUCAAUGCACCUAAGCCUUCACUGUCCUCUGUUACGAAGUUUUUGUCAGUUAUGCCUUUGCCUGGAUCCAGCACAAGAAUGUUCCAUACUUUUUUACAAGAUGACUUAUUAUAUUUUUGCACACUGAGACGUGGCAUCAAUAGGUGUUUAUCACAGGAGAAGAAAAUAACAUUAGAUUUGGGCCUCUCUGAUCUGUGUGGUGUUAGGAACAUAGACAGCCAAGUCUGAAGUCCAAAGCUAGAGCAGACUGGAUGUUGAAAUGAGGGGACAGCAUCACUCACAAGUGUGCAUCUUGCGUAUGGUUGGCACCUUCAUGUCCUCGGAGUCAUGGGCUUUGUUAAUGCUGGUGUUUUGUUAAGUAAGCUCCUACCAAGUGUAAGACAUGGUUGCUUUGUGUCCCUCAAGGCCUGCCGUAGAUGCCAUGGCUGUGAAGCUUGACCCUCCUCCCUCCUCCCAACCUGCUCGUGGUGUUCGCCUUCCAGGUACCCUAGCUCUUUCGUGGUACUGACCAGUCUUACGGUUCCUCACUUAGCUGUUGGUCUAAGGACAAAUAAACAUAAGGCACUUUUCAACAUCUCUUUACAGGGUAAUCCAGGACUGCACGCACGGGAUGUCUCAGCCCGUCCCCCUUCGGUAAAGCAUAAAUCCCACGAACUUCGGAGUUUGCAAAGCUCUUUCCAGGCUGUCUCAUUUGCUCUUUGCAGGAUCAUUCCAGGUAGCUCUUAGAGCUGUGCUGACGGUGGAAAAGCCACAGCCACGGCUUAUAGCUAGGAAACCCCGGCGCUGUAGCAAACCCCGCUAUCUGAUGCCAGCUCAGCAGUUCCGGCAGGAACAGAUGCCUCUUCGGGGAAUGCUUCGCCACCUCUACCUGCCCAGCCCCCAGCUCCACAUGUUCUACCUUGCUCGACCUCCUCUAACGUAAGAAUGAGGCACCUGCACGAACACUUCUUUCCUGCUCUCUGCUCACUGCCAUCUGUUCGCCUCGGCCAGCAUCGCCAGCUGCCCUGUGACCUCCUUUCUUUGCAUUUCCAACUCCCAGAAUCAAACCCAUUCAGAGCUGAAUAGGACCCCAGAGGUCCCCCAGCCUAAUUUGUUCUUACACAGGUGGGAAAACUGAGGCCCCAAAAGAAAAAGGGACCUGCCUGAGGUCACAGUGUCAUCAUAACUCUCCUCUACUUCUUAAUGAAGCCCCUCACAUCACCUCUGCUUUUAUCAAAAACCCUCAUCUCCUGCCACUUCCUUUGAACCCCUUAGUUCUUUAUCCCUGACCUCAGCCCCUGCAACUCCAUCCCCAGCAGCCUGUGAGGAUGUCACCAUCCAGACACCAGCGCCACCUACUAACUGGGGGGUGGGGAGCUUUCCAAGUGACAGACCUCCUUUCCAACCUGUCCUCGGAAUAAACAGCAACCAUUGGGAGGAAGGAAAGGGAGGGACUUUACCAUACUGGUUCCUGAGCCAAGGGGCUGCUGGAGCCAGUGCACUGGUCUUGUCAGAGGAUCAGGGUUUUGGGUGGGGCUCAAAGUAAGGAUGAAUUGUCAUCGUGACCCAGAGAUGUGAACACAAGCAAAACUAUCGCUAGACCAGCUACUGAUGUCAUUUCAGACAAAUCUAGAAGUGUGUGUGUUGGGUUGGGGGCGGAGGGGUACAAGUGUAGCAUAGAUGUGACUUGCCUUUGUGACCUGCCACUCACCCAAGAGGUUGGCAGGCACCAUUAGAACAGACUGCUAAAAUGAUGAAGUCAGAUUGGCCUUUGUUUUUCUGGAUUACUUCUAGAAUUCCAGAGAUCCACAACUCUGAGAAGGUGUCCUGAUCCAAUAUUUCUGAAGUCUACAUUUCUUAUCCAGAAAGUGGUAUGAUCAGAACUAAGUAGCCUGGCCAACAGGGCGGUUGUGGCGAAGGACAGAGAAGAGUGAGUUGGAGGUGCUCAAUCAGUAUGUAAAUGAGUGAGCCAGAGGAUGUGGAGCUGACCUGUAAGUUACUGCAUGUCAGGAGCCUGUUCAGGGUUUCACAGGCUGGAUGAAUUGCCCUUAAGAGCAGCAUUGGAAGUCUGCCCAUGUCAGGGCAAGUCACACCAUGGGGCAACGGACAGGUGGUUUAAAGAACCCCAAGAGGAGUAUUUCCCUCUCAAUUUGUGCAUUGCUUAACUCAAUCUUGGGAGGUUUUCCAACAGUCAAGGCAGUGUGGUACCUAACUGAGGAUAGACAAAUAGAUCAAUCCAACAGAACUGAGUCCUAAAAUACAUCUGCACAUAUGUGGUCAAUUGAUUUUUGCCAAAGGUGCUUAGGUAAUUCAAUGGGGAAAAGAGAGUCUUUUCAAGAAAUGGUCCUGGAACAACUGGAUACCUGUAUGGGGGUGUAAAAAAGAAGCUCAACCUGUAUCACACAUGAUAUACAAAAAUAAACCUGAAGGGAAUUCUAGGCCUAAAUAUAAGAGCUAGAUCGCAGAACUUAGAAAACAGACGAGAAUCUCCAUAACCUUGGGGUAGGCAAAGAUUUCCUAGAUAGGACACAAAAAGCACAAAGCCCAAAGGGAAGAAUUGAUAAGUCUUAUCAAAAUUAAAGACUGCUGCUCUUCAAAGGACACUUUAAAAAUAAAAGUGGAAAGACAAGACACAGACUGGGAGAAAAUACUUGUAGUUAAUUUGUCCGAUAAGACCUGCACCCAGGAUAUGGAAAGAAUUCUUAGGAGUCAAGAGGACAGACCACCCACCCUUUUUAAAGAGCAGAAGAUUUGAAGAUAUGCACGUAGUCCAUAAGCACAUGAUAAGAUGCUCAACAUCAUGGGUCAUCAAGAAAACGCAAAUUAAAGCCACAAUGAGAUACCAGUACGCACCCACAAAAUGAAAGACUCUCAGAAUGUUGACAAGAAUAUGGAACACUUAGGUUCUCACCCAUUGAUGGUGGGAAUAUUAAAAAGUACACUUUGGAAAGCACUUUGACAGUUUCUUAUAGUUAAACAUGAUACCCGCCAUCCAAACCAACAAUUCUACUUCUGGGUAUUUUGCUUAAAAUAAGUGAACACAUAUAUCUGAACAAAGACUUUUAUUCAUAGCAGUUUAAUGUAUUAAUAGUCAAAAGCUGAAAACGAUCCAAGUGUCCAUCAACAGGUGAAUGAUAAUAGGUCAACAAAAUGUGGUUUUAUACCAUGGAAUACUCAGCAAUAAAAAGGAAUGAACUAACGAUAAACACAAUGACAUGGAUGAAUCUCAAAAGCCUGCUACCAAGUGAAAGAGGCCAGGCACAAGAGACUUCAUGCUGUAUGAUUCCGUUAAUAGGAAACUUCAGAGAAAAAAAAGUCCAGUCUACUGUUUUCAUGCAGCCCAGGGUGAGGCCGAGACCAGCUGGGUCAGGGCAUAAAGAAACUUUGUGUUGAUGGAAGUGUUUUAUGUAAUUAUUAUGAUGCUGGUUAUAAAGAUGCAUGAAUUAUCAGAACUAAUAAAAUAUGGGCUUAAAAUGAGUGUAUGUUAUUGUAUGGAAAUUAAACCUCAUAAAGUUUUUUAAA